AAUGACUUUUUAACUUGCAGCAUGUUCUUCACGUCAAAUUUUCUAGGCAAUAUUGCAGAAUUAAAUACAUUAUCAAAAGAUUUAAGCAAAGAAUAGGUCGUUGAUAAUCCUGUAAUUUUGUUCUUAUAUAUGGAGUUUGAGAGCUUAAUAAUCCAGUUUAGACUUGUACCCAACAAUUAUGGGGUGUUCUAACCUUUCUUACUGUUCUGUAAUGCUCCUGAUUCUGCUUGUAUUUCUUGCAAAGGCACCUGCAAUACAAUCAUGGGGGAAGGAAGGACAUUUUAUAACCUGCAAAAUAGCUCAGCCACUUCUAAGUAAAGCAGCUGCAAAAGCAGUUCAAGAAUUGCUCCCAAGCUCUGCUGAAGGAGAUCUGGCUUCUGUCUGUUCAUGGGCUGAUACAGUUCGUUUUAAAUACCGUUGGGCUAGUCCCUUACAUUAUAUCAAUACUCCUGGUGUUUGUAACUACAAAUACUCUCGCGACUGUCAUAACGACAAGGGAGAACAAGACAUGUGUGUUGCAGGAGCUAUCAACAAUUAUACAGCUCAGUUAAUAACUUAUAUGGACUCCUCAUCAGAAGGGACAUAUAAUCUGACAGAAAGUCUGAUGUUCCUGUCCCAUUUUGUUGGAGACAUUCAUCAGCCUUUGCAUGUGGGUUUUGCUGAUGAUGAAGGGGGGAAUACAAUACCAUUACGCUGGUUCAGGAGAAAAUCUAACUUGCAUAAAGUGUGGGAUUUUGACAUCAUAGAUGAAGCAGAGAAAGAUUUUUUCAAUCGAGAUGUGACAACCAUGAUAGAGGAUCUUCAAAGAAAUAUCACAGAAGGAUGGUCAGAUGAAGUCCCUGCAUGGGAGAAAUGUGCAAGAAAUGCCAUAGCUUGCCCCGAUGGUUAUGCAUCGGAGGGUAUAAGUUUAGCUUGCAAAUGGGCUUAUAAAGACGUCACUGCAGACAUUGUUUUAGAAGAUGAUUAUUUCCUCACUAGGCUUCCAAUUGUAGAAAAGAGACUUGCUCAAGGUGGAGUAAGGCUUGCUGCAAUACUCAAUCGAAUUUUUGAUUCGAAUUUUGUAAUGGGAGGCUCUGUACAAUCCUCUUAAAAUGUAGAUCUCCUCUCAUGGAACAACCAAAAAGAAUAAGAAUGAGAAUAAAUUUUAUCAGUAAAUUCAAAUUGGUUAAGCUUGCAAAGCUUGCACUGAAACAACUUGUGGAUCAGUGCCCAACAAUUUAGUGUUAACCAACAAGUUAUAUCUGAUAACAAGGUUGAUAAUUGUACCCAGUCUACUUGUCUUGUUCUACUUAUCAAUACUGAGGUUAUAGUUGAUGUUUUUUAUUUA